UCCCUGUCCCCCGUCUCCCAAUCUACCCCACAGAUCCCCUGCACCCCUUCAACAUGGUGGUCGUGGGAGCCCCCAAAGUGAUCUUUAUUCCCGGGAAUCAGUGUGAGCAGGCCGACGCCUUGGGAUCCGUAAUGUUACCCAUAAGCAGCCCGAGCAGUCCGGAGUCCGUCAGCAAUGAGCAACCCCCAAGGAAGAGACAGAGACUCACCCACCUUAGCUCGGAGGAAAAAGCGCUUAGAAGAAAAUUAAAAAACAGAGUAGCAGCACAGACUGCUCGGGACAGGAAAAAAGCCAGAAUGAGUGAACUGGAACAGCAAGUGAUAGAUUUAGAAAUGGAGAAUGAGAAGCUUUUAAUUGAAAACCAGAUUUUAAGAGAAAAAUCUCAUGGCUUGUUGACUGAAAACCAGGAGCUACGCCAAAGAUUGGGCCUAAGCACCCUGGAGUUAAAGAAAGAAGAAGAAGAAGAAUCACAGGAGCUGAAUCAGUCCAGAAAAGAUAAAGUCAGGCCGGAGACCGGGUCCGCUGAGUCCGCAGCAGGAGCAGGCCCAGAUGUCUCUGAACCUGACAGUGUCUACAUGGAUCCUGACAGCCCUGACACUUCAGACUCUGAGUCUGAUCUCUUGUUGGGCCUUCUGGAAAGCCUGGACUCAGACUUGUUGCUUGCCUAUGAAGGAGCACUUGCUGGAAGCCCAGAUGAAGAGCUCAAGGGAGAAGAAUCAGAUUCCAUAUCCUCCUCCCCAUCUUCUCCUGUGGGGACCCCAUCAGCCAAGCUGGACGCCAUUAAUGAACUGAUCCGAUUCGAUCACGUGUACACCAAGCCACUAAGCACAGAGGAAGACUCUGCGCAAGGUGUUGAGACCAGCAUAGUAGUUAAAAUGGAGGAAGCAUCUUUCAGCCCUACCUGCGAAGAUGACCUGACCUGUGUGAAACAGGAACCACAAGAAGAUGACCUAGUCCCCAUCCUCGGAAUGCAAAGCUUUUUGCCCUGUUCUGAAAACAACCUUGAAAAAUCAUCUAACAUAUUGGAUACAGGAAGUGACUCUGGCUAUGAAGGGUGUUCUUCACCCUUCAGUGACCUGUCCUCUCCUCUGAACUCUGACCGGGUUUGGGAAGACUCGUUCAGUACCGAACUUUUCCCCCAGCUUCUCCUCAGUGCCCAUAUGGACCAAUCCAUUUGUACUUCAUCUCCUGUUGAUGCCGUUUCUUUCUGGAGUCAUAGCUCAGAGUUUGAUGUACAUUUUUAAAUACAUCUGUGAUAAAUCUAAUACUGCCGUGCAUUGCACCCUUUUCUUUCAGUAUUGCCAGGUUAUCAGGCUUUACCAUACAGCUUUCUUUAACUGAAAAAGAUAUCUGCCAAUGUCUUAUCUUUUCUUAAGGUAAAAUUGUUCUGUGAUUCAGGAAGGGUCAGCUUAGAGCACAAUAUAAAUCUUAUUGAUUGGAAACCUGUUUUUAUUUUUUUUUUUUACUGUUGUACCCCAAAAGCACAAGAGGUACAUUUCUUCAAUCCAAUGGUGAGAUUUCUUAUUUCGAUAAGAAGCAAGGCAAACGGUUAUUUAUUUAUUUAUGUAUUUUUGUUUUUCUAAGUACAACUUGCUCAGUGGUAGUUUCCCUUCCGUAAUUGGGCACAGUGCGCCUAUCCUUGUCACUGCAUUGGUGUGCAGUGAUGGAAGCCACACACAACCUUUAUCUCAGUAAUUAUCUUUUUUUCUGUGCUGUUUUCCAUCUUUUUUUUUUUUUUUUUAAGAAAGAAAAACAAAUCUAGGUCAUUGAUGCUGUCACAAAGUAUAUACCAGUCUAUGAAAGAUUCAAUGCUCAUUAACCCCCAAACAAAGGAUUCAUUCCACCGCUUAAACGUGUUUGCCAUUCAUAUAGCAUCAUUUAUAGGUUAUUUCCAAUGAUAGAAUCCGAGCAACUUUUUGACGGGGCCGUGGGAGAAAGAUUAUGUGGGAGAAUGAUUCUACAUUUUGCCAAGUGUUCGUGGAAAUGAAAACUGAAGGGAAAGUAUUAAUGUAAAUGAAGUAUUUCUCAUACAUGUAGCUUGCAGAGUUGUUAGGAGAGUAGCAUUCAGUGUGGCAUCAUAAUGUACAAACACAGACUUCUAUUUCUGUGAUUAGAUGUGGUCAUUCUUUUUCUAGCUAAGAUGGUGCUGGAAGAUAUUUCUGGUGCCACAUAAGUACAAAAUGCAUUGUGUUGGCCAUCUCUGGUUAACUCAUUGCCACAUUUUUUUAAUUCCGUUUAAUCUAUAGACUUUCCCAUUAGUUAAACGGUCUUUAGAUUCGGCCUGAUUUUGCUGAUUUUAAAGAAACAUUUUUGUUUGUACCUGCGAUUACCUAUUUUCAGCAAGUUUGCCUUUCUGUUAAAGAUUUUCAGUUGUAUUCCACAAAUGUCCUUGUAUAUAACUUCUACCCACAGGGGGAGAAAUGUACAGAACCACAGUAUCCUGCAGAUCAGACUUGUAUUUUAAAUUUACUGUGUAAAUGAGAUGAUUAUAUAUAUUUCCACCAUUUUUAUUUUAGAGGUUAAGAAAUUUGCUUUCUCCAUUUAAUAUUUAAAACUACUAUGCCAUUAAAGUGCAAUAAAAAACA